UCAGGAAGUCAGUCAGACGAGUACAAAUAGAAAACCGAAUAAAAUUUUAAGUCAAAAUUGUGCAACAGCCACAAGUACACUAAUAACAGACUAAAGGGGAACUGGAGGCCCAUGGUCAUUGCUGCUGAUUCCACAUUCCAAAUACCAACAAAAGGAAGAAGAAGGAGAAGCGAAUAGAAACAUGUUCUGCCACCGUCUUCCCAUACUGAGCUGCUUCACAACAUCCAAGGAGAGCUGUCGCGAUGAGCUGUUGCCCUUGAAUGUGGUCGGCAAGGAGCCGGUUGUAUUAAACGUCUAUGACAUGUUCAGCAUCAAUGACUACACAACGCCCCUAGGCCUGGGCGUGUUCCAUUCGGGUGUGCAGGUCUAUGACACCGAGUUCGCCUAUGGCGGCCAUCGCUAUCCAGUCACAGGCAUAUUCGAAAUAGCGCCCCGAAACAAUCGCAACGAGUUGGGCGAACAGUUUCAAUAUCGCGAGAGCAUUAGCAUCGGCUAUACGGAGCUGAGUUGUGAGGAGGUGCAUCGCAUUGUCGACGAUCUGGGACAUCAGUUCCAUGGCGACUGCUACCAUCUGACGAACAACAACUGCAAUCACUUCUCCAAUACGUUCACCCGCGUGCUGUGCGGCCAGGAAAUACCACCCUGGAUCAACAGAUUGGCAUACUUUGUUACCUGUGUGCCGUUCUUACAUCGCUGCCUGCCGCUCGAGUGGAUGACUCCGUCUCAGGAUGAUGGGCCCCAGCCACCACUACCACAACCACAACCACCUCCACAACAACCCCAACCCCAGCAAACCACACAUCGCUCAGAUCGCAAACAUCGCCAGCACCGCCAGCGUCAGCCGCAGUCGCAGUCGACGUCGUAAAGAUAGUGUCGUUUGGCUUCAAGAUCGUGGUGUUGUCGAGCGAGCGUCUGUUUCCCCCCCGUAUUCCCCCAAAAGAACGACACACGCGUUAAGUUCGUAAUCGCAGCGAGAUUGUUGCUUUUCGGUCAGUUGUUCCUUUGUAUUUUGUAGUUGUUCAAUAAAUUGAUGUAAUUGUGUAUGUUUGCCAUCAA